UGCGUUCCUCCCUUCCGGCUCCGAGAUCUCUCAGCGGCUCCCACCUUCCGCCCGGCGCCGGCUCUCAGGGCGACGGUCGCCGCUUUCCGUCGUCGCGCGGCCCCUGCGGUGCCCGAGCCCGCAAUGUCGGGCCCCAACGGGGACCUGGGCAUGCCGGUGGAGGCGGCGGCGGAAGGCGAGGACGACGGCUUUGGGGAAGCAGAGUAUGCAGCCAUCAACUCCAUGUUGGACCAGAUCAACUCCUGUCUGGACCACCUGGAGGAGAAGAAUGAUCACCUCCACGCCCGACUCCAGGAGCUGUUGGAGUCCAACCGGCAGACACGCCUGGAAUUCCAGCAGCAGCUCGGGGAGGCCCCUGGCGAUGCCAGCCCCUAGGCUCUGGGAGCCUCCGACCAGGCCCCAAUCCUGCCUCCCUGGGCCCUUACUAUCUGGUUUAGAUACCUUCUCAAGGGCUGGCCUUUGGGUCCCCUGCCUGCCUGAGCCAGCCCCCACUUCCUAGCCUGUCUCUUGGGGCCAGGUGUAAACAUACAGCCCAUUCAUUUGCCUGCUGGCCCAGCUCCUGGACCUCCCUACUUCCCCCAGGAUUGGAAAUCCACAUUAAACCAAUUCUCCACA